UAAUCGUGAAAAAAAAAAUAUAUAUAUUAGUUGCAAAUAUAAGUGUUAAAAUUUCAAGUGAAUCUCCAGUUCGAAUCAUUAAACUGAAACCCGAAAACUUCCUUUAAAAAAAUGUUUGGUCUAACUCGUCGCGCCAUCUUCCGUGUCAGUAAUCAGCAGCUAUGCCGCCAGUUCGCAUCUCAAGCCAUCAACCAGAUGCUGAUGCUUCAGCAGAUGGACAUCUGUGCUGAUCAGCCAUCUCGCGGUCUGAUCCUCGGCGUCUAUGCCGAUGAAGAGGACAAAAACGAUGCUGGCAUUCUGACUGGACCUGGCUGGCGAUACAACGUGCAGAAGACCAAUGGCCGUCUGAUUGAGGUGCUCCGUAUGUCUGGACCCAUGCCAAAGCGUGGUGAGGCUCGUCUCUUGUUUGCGGUUGAGCCGGAACGCAUUCCCUACUAUUCUGUCGUGGCCGUUGUUGGCCUGGGCAAAGAAUGUUUGGGAUACAAUCCCUACGAGGUUCUGGAUGAGCAAAAGGAAGCCAUCCGCCGUUCAGUAGCCAAGGCCUGCCAGGUUCUGGCUGAACUAGACACAGAUCGUAUUGAAGUGGAGAACUGCGGACAUGCCGAGUCUGCUGCCGAAGGUGCAGCCUUGGGAAUUUGGGCCUACCAAGAAAUGCGCGACCCCAAAUCUCGCAUUUCCAUUCCCUCAAUCGAUUUGUACGCUGUCAAGGAUGAGGUCUGCGAUAUUGAAGGCUGGCGUAUUGGACUACAGAAAGCCGCUGCACAGAAUCUGACCCGUCAACUGCAGGAGAUGCCCUCCAACUUGCUAACCCCCACAGCAUUUGCCCAGAAUGUCGUCGAGGUUCUGUGUAAAUCUGGUGUCAAUGUGGAAGUCAAAGUAGAAGGCUGGGCCGAGAGUCAGUCAAUGCACGCCUUCUUGGCGGUGGGCAAGGCUUCUUGUGAGCCACCGAUCUUCCUAGAGCUGAGCUACUACGGAACCUGUGCCGAGGAACGUCCCAUUGUGCUGGUCGGUCAGGGAAUCACCUUUGAUGCUGGCGGCCUGUGCCUGAAGAAACGCGGAGAGCUCUACCACAUGCGUGGUGACAUGACUGGAGCUGCUGUUGUUGUGGCGACCUGUCGUGCCGUAGCAGGACUGCGUUUGCCGGUCAACAUUCGCGGUCUCAUCCCACUCUGCGAGAACGUCAUUGGAUGCAACUCGUUCCGUCCCGGCGACAUGGUUAAAUCCAUGAAUGGCAAGACUAUCGAGGUCCAAUGUACCGACCAUGAGGAUGUUCUGGUUCUUGCCGAUGCUUUACUGUAUGGUCAGAACUUCUGCCCCAAGUGCAUCAUUGAUAUUGGCACCUGCUCGGGCUAUAUGCGUCAGGCCUUGGACGAAGCUGCUUGCGGCGUCUUCACCAACUCUGAAAUCCUCUGGCAACAGAUCAAGCACGCCAGCAUGCACACCGGAGAUCGCGUCUGGCGCUUCCCAUUGUGGAACUACUACAGCAAGGCUGUCCGCGCUGGACAGCGCAGUGAUGUUCAGAACUACGGCAUUGGACGUGGAGGCCGUCCCUGCAAGGCAGCUGCCUUCCUGCGUGAAUUUGUGCCAUGUGGCCAAUGGAUGCAUAUUGAUGCCACUAAUGUGAUGGUAACAAACGGCUUGGACUUUGAAUACUUGCGACGUGGCAUGGCCGGCCGUCCUACCAGAACCCUGAUCGAAUUCAUCGCUCAAACCAUUUGCAAGGAUACUGCACCAAAGAUGGGAAAAUAAAUUUGUGUGUCGACAAUGUAGCUGACCGUUAUCCAAAACAAUGCAUUUAGGCGCAAAAUGCAAGGAAGUGUCGUUUAAACCGAUAUGUUUAUAAAUUUCUGGUGAAAAAGUAUUGUGACGAAGUUUCAAAAUAUUAUGUUUAAAAGUCACUGGAAUAAACAAAGCUUUUUCUCUACAAGAA